AUGAGCCAAGAAGCUGUGCGGUCGUCCGCAAAUCCGUCGACUGCUGUGCAGAAGCCGGCAGCGAGCGACAAUGGCGAGGCGAUAGCACCGCACUCCAACGGUAACACGACCGCAGGCACCGCCCCUACCGCUUCGUCAGACAACGCUGCUGGAUCAACGUCGGAACAAGCCGCUGGUGCCGGAAACGAGCCCAAGAGAAAGCCCUCCUUCCUCGACGUGCCACACUCGAGUUCGCAAACCAACGAGGAGGCUGCGGCGAGCGGAUCAGGACUGAGCGGUGCCACCGCAAGCGAUGGGGCUGAGAGCGUGGGACGGGGCUCGAAGCGCAGUUUUCUGGGCAAGCGGCGUGCUGGGAGCACUGCGAGCAGCAAGCGCUCCCAGAAGGCGCGUGCCGCGACAAGCGAGAAGGCUCCUGAGAAUGCGCAAGCAGUUGGCGCGGCUGGUUCUGCCCCUCAGGUCCAGCCCAAGAAAAAGAGCGGUGUUUCGAGGAUUUUGCUCAUACUCAACUGCUGUGGCGUGCCGGAAAAGGGCAAUGUGGUUGGACAGGAGGAGUCGCCCGAGGCACCCAAGAAGGCUACCAAGCUUCGCUCGGUUCGCAAGCAAUCCGCGCCGUCUACCCCCGCAAAGAAGGACGUGAGCGCCGCGGAGUCCAGCGUCGCCGACUCGAAGGAUCCCAUUGAAGAGAAGGCUGCCAAAUCUGCGGAAGCGGGAGGGCCUGUGAAGGACGUGGAGAAGCAACCGUUGUCAGGGGACGCCUCGGCGGAUAAGCCCGCUCCCUCUCAAGAGAAGAAACCGCUGGACCAGCCGCUUCCUCCCGUCCCCAAGGCCGACCGUUUGGAUACCUCGGCAGCUGCUGAGGACGGCCUCCAGGUCAAUGUCCAGGCCCCUACGCCGGUUGUGCCUUCGGAAGAACAGGCGAUUGCCGACAGGACUCCCGAACAAGAAGCGCGGGAUGCGGAUAUCGAGAUGACGGACGCCGGCCCAUCGAUACCAAUCGCCGCGAACGAGGUUCCUAUGGCCGAGGAAGAGAGCGGUGAGGCCGUUCAGCAAGAUGCGGCUACGGCUAAGAUCGACCUGCCGCCGCCUCCGCCGCUUGUUGAUCGCCAGGCUCAGACUGCUCCUCCUACUGGAUCCGCCCCUCAGAGUCAAGAUAGCUCUCUUGCCGUUACUCCUGCGGAGCCGCAGCAGAAGUGGCUCCUGCCGCCUAUCAGGCCCGAAUUCAAGGGAAAGAAGUGUCUGGUCCUCGACUUGGACGAGACUCUCGUCCACAGCAGCUUUAAGAUCUUACACCAGGCCGACUUCACGAUUCCCGUGGAGAUUGAGGGACAGUACCACAACGUUUACGUCAUUAAGCGCCCCGGUGUUGAUGCCUUUAUGAAACGUGUCGGUGAGCUAUACGAGGUCGUCGUUUUCACAGCUUCAGUAUCAAAGUAUGGCGAUCCGCUCCUUGAUCAACUUGAUAUCCACGGCGUAGUCCACCACCGCCUGUUCAGAGAGAGUUGCUAUAACCACCAAGGCAACUAUGUCAAGGCAAUGGGACGUGACCUCAAGGAGACGAUCAUCAUCGACAACUCGCCGACUUCGUACAUCUUCCACCCCCAACACGCCGUGCCGAUUAGCAGUUGGUUCUCUGAUGCACAUGACAAUGAACUCUUGGAUCUCAUUCCUGUACUGGAGGACCUCGCUGGUCAACAAGUUAGCGAUGUCAGCUUAGUGCUGGAUGUGGCCUUGUUUUCCCAAGCAGGCGAGUUUCACAAGGCCUGGGUGAUGGCCCAGCGCGCAAGAAAUGCGGCGCGCUAG